AUAGCAUUCUCUUAAGACAUCAGUUAUAGUAAUGGCGCCUAUAAGCCGCGUCCUAGGCUGCGGCCUCGCCCUUGUGAUCUUCGCCGUGGGGUGCCUGCCGUCCCGCGUGUCGGCCAUGGGCCUGCCCCGGCCGCAACCGAACCUCAACUUCACCAUCGGCGUCGAGGGCGUCGUCUGGUGCAAGGGCUGCCGGUACCGCGGCUACAUCCAGUCCAGGGACGCCUCGCCUCUCCGGAACGUCUCGGCGCUGCUGCGGUGCCGGCACGGCCGCCGCCGAGCGCUGUCGGUGUGGGGCGCCACGAACUCGCGCGGCUACUUCCUGAUCGAGACGGGGGCGCAGGCGGCGCCCUUCACCAGCAAGGACUGCAGGGUGUACGUGCCGCGGUCACCGGCGCGCGGGUGCCGGGUGGACGUCAGCCCCGGCCGGAACAGGGGGUUGCCGCUCAGGUUCCGCCGGUUCGUGACGCGACCCGACGGGCUGCAGGGGCGCUACGUCGCCGGCAGCUUCACGUUCGCGCCGCAGACCGGUCCAAGUGCUGACCCGGUCAACUGGACCCUCGCACUACUACUUCGACUCGUGGGGCUGUAAAUUAAUAAGGCCGUGAAGCCGAACCCACCGUAUCUGUGUGCUUCGUUCGUGUUGUUGCAAUGUUGCUCCA